AUGCGCCGAGAACUUCAACCAUCUCCCUUGAAACGCUCCAACACCACUCCUAAUUUCCGAUCAAAAGCUAGUCAAGUCUUGGAUGAAGGCGAAGACGAAGAUGGAGAGGAAGGAGAGGAAGAAGACGAGGAGACUCUCCAAUUGCGACUGGCCGAAAUCCAGGCUCGUCUCAAGCUAAAGCAACUGCAGAAGAGCCGAGGCCGAUCCGAUAGUGCGACUUCUUAUAUCGAAGAGGGAGAAAGCCCACAAAGUAAACCGCAGAAAGCACGCACCGAUGAAGUUCAGGUUCCGGUGUCGCCUCAGAAGCGAGAAGCCCCCGCGCCAGAGCCUUGGUCUCCGCGAAGGUACCAGAUGGGCAUUGACAAAGGCUGGAAGGCAAACGAUGUGUCGCUUAAGCGACCUCCGCGGCCAACGAGCCAACUCGGAACAAGAAGUGGCGCAAUGUCCCGUCCUGGCGAUGUUUACUCGCCCAGGCCACAGACGUCGCCCGGGGGUGGAGGGAUAAACAGAAUAAAAAGUUUCAGUGAGCGCAUGGCGGAAGGUCGAGCCACGGAGAAGUCUCGCCUAGAGCGAGCAGAGAGAGCAGAGAGAAUCCAGGCAAAUCGAAGCUCAGCAUUCCAGCUGAAUGAAGCUGAGAUUGAAGCAUUCAAGACCGCAGCUGCAAAUGAAAUGCCACCGCCUGCACAAUCUACUCAUCGGCAACCGGAAGUGCAACAUUUUAGCCGCGAGGAAAUCAUGCAGUCUCUGGCGAAACCCGGAGGUGUAAAACGAAGCCAAACAACUCCUAAUCUGAAAGAUCCCCCCCGGCUCGAACAAGAAGCCAACUAA